GCCAAUGGGAGCGCGUCGCGCGGGGGCCUGUGGGAGCGGGCAGCAGUAGCCGCUCUGUCGUGGCGGCGGUGGUAAGAGCUGGGGUCCCCCUCUCGUCUCCCGCGUAUUUAUCCCCGUGUCUAUCCCCAUCAUCAUCCUCCUCACAUCGUCGUCAUCGAACAAUCACCGCCUCGUCGAGCUGUAUCCUGAUCAAGCGGCUGAGCGCGUGCGAACCCGACCGAAGAAGGCCUUGAGACCAGCGUGGUGAACCGCUGUCAAUGCCCCUUGCUUCUUUCUGGACAACGACGGUGUCGCCGCCACUGCUGCUGCUGCUUCUGGGCCGGUGGGCUGUCGGCCGGGCGCGGUGCACCGCACUACCUCCUCUCCUGUCACGCACGGGCAGCCAGCGUCUGACGUGGCCCCUUAAAUCCACGCGCUCCGUCUUCCUCCUUCAAAGGGGCCCCGUCUCCUUCCUCCUCCGCCGAGACCCCCCCCUCCUCGCCAGCGCCAUUGCAGCCAUGGCGGAGCAGCGCUACUGUGUGGACUACGCCAGGCUGGGCACGGCGGGCUGCAAGAAGUGCAAGGAGAAGAUCGCCAAGGGCUUGGUGCGCAUCGGCAAGAUCGUGGCCAAUCCGUUUGGCGACGGCGGCGGCGAGAUGAAGGAGUGGCACCACGUGCGCUGCAUUUUCGAGAGACUGGAGCGCUCAAGGCCCUCCACCCGGCGCAUCGAGGACCUGAGCGACCUGGAAGGCUACGAGCGGCUCUUGGACCCCGAGCGGGAACUCAUCAAUGGCUGCAUCGAAGACCUCAUCAUGAAGAGGGGAGCGUCACCACGUAAGCCGGCAGGCCAGACCAAGCCAGCAUUGGCCUCUCCUUUUAGGAUGGAGGUGUCCAGUGGGCCAUCAAUGACAGGCCCACGCAAGUUCUCCGGGUUCUCAGCCACACCCACAACAACAAUAACGGCGGCGGCAGCAGCGGUGCCCUCCCGGCCCAGCGGCACCGCGGCAUAUGACCCGAGCCACAAGGACUGCUUGUUUCGCGAGUUCCGCAAGCUGUGCGCCAUGAUCGCCGAGCAGCCCAGCUACAACAGCAAGACGCAGAUCGUCCACGACUUCCUGCGCAAGGGCACGUCCGGAGAUGGUUUCAGAGGCGACGUGUACUUGACGGUGAAGCUGCUCCUACCGGGCGUUGUCAAGUCCGUCUACAACAUCAAGGACAAGCAAAUUGUGAAGCUCUUCAGCAGCGUGUUCAACUGCAGCCUGGAUGAUAUGGUGCGCGACCUGGAAAAGGGCGACGUGUCGGAGACGAUCCGCGUCUUCUUCGAAGCGAGCAGCAACUUCACCCCCACCGCCAAGAGCACGCUGACCAUGCAGGAGGUGGAGGGCUUCCUGGGGAGACUCGCCCUGCUCACCAAGGAGGAGGAGCAGCAAGGCGAACUGCAGGACAUAGCGCGCCGAUGCACCUCCAAUGACCUCAAGUGCAUUAUCCGCCUCAUCAAGCACGACCUCAAAAUGAAUGCUGGCGCAAAGCACAUCCUGGAUGGGCUGGACCCGAACGCGUACGAUGCGUUCAAGGCAUCUCGGAACCUGGAGGACGUUGUCGACCGCGUCCUGCAGAACUGGCAGGAUGGUUCGCGGAAAGCACUUUCCGUCACGGCCUCCCUCAUGACGCCCGUGCAGCCCAUGCUGGCGGAAGCGUGCAAGUCUGUGGCGUAUGCCAUGAAGAAGUGUCCCAACGGCAUGUACGCUGAGAUCAAGUACGAUGGGGAGCGCGUGCAGGUGCACAAGAACGGAGACUCCUUCCAGUACUUCAGCCGCAGCCUCAAGCCCGUGCUGCCCCACAAGGUGGCGCACUUCAGAGACUAUAUCCCCAAGGCAUUCCCGGGGGGCACCAGCAUGAUCCUGGAUGCGGAGGUGCUGCUCAUCGACACGAGCACAAGCAAACCGCUGCCCUUCGGCACGCUCGGGGUGCACAAGAAAGCUGCAUUUCAGGACGCUAACGUGUGUCUGUUUGUGUUCGACUGCAUUUACUUCAACGGGGAAAGCCUCAUGGACAGGAGCAUCAAAGAUCGGAGAAAAUUCCUCCACGACAAUAUGGUCGAAAUCCCCAACCACAUCUUGUUUUCGGAGAUGAAGCACGUGACGAGAGCCUCGGACUUGGCUGAAAUGAUCUCCCGGGUCAUUAAGGAGGGUCUGGAAGGGCUGGUGUUGAAGGACGUCUUGGGAAUCUACGAGCCCGGCAAGCGGCACUGGCUCAAGGUGAAGAAGGACUACCUCAACCAGGGCGCCAUGGCGGACACGGCGGACUUGGCUGUGCUGGGCGCAUACUAUGGCCACGGCAGCAAUGGUGGGAUUAUGUCCAUCUUCCUCAUGGGCUGCUACGACGAGAACUCGGGGCGCUGGUGCACAGUGACCAAGUGCUCCAGUGGGUACGAUGACGCCACCCUCAAUCGGCUGCAGAAGGAGCUCGAAAUGGUCAAGAUCAGCAAGAGUGCAUCAAAAAUCCCCGACUGGCUGAAAAUCAACAAGACAUACUUCCCCGACUUCGUCAUCCGCGACCCAAAGAAAGCGCCAGUGUGGGAGAUCACGGGCGCAGAGUUCUCCAAGGCCGAGGCACACUCGGCCGACGGAAUCUCCAUCCGCUUCCCGCGCUGCACGCGUAUGAGGGACGACAAGGACUGGCGCAGCGCCACGACCCUGCAGCAGCUCAAGGAGCUCUUCAAGAAGUCUAAGGAGAACUCGGACGUGAUGGACUUGCUCGGAUCAACCGUGAAGAAUGACUCCGAGUCAGCGCCGGCCACGCCGGGGGGCAGCACCAACGGCUCGGGCUCCUCCUCCCCCAAGCAGGGCCCCUCCACCACCACCACCACCAGCAGCAGCAGCAAGGCCAAAGCCUCGCACAAAGCCUCACGCGGCGCCUCUGCCAGCCGGAAGCCCAAGCAGCCGAGUCGCGCCGACACAAAACCGGUGUUGGCACCGGCGUUGGCGUUGGCACCGGCUGUAAUUCCGCCCGUGAUGCCACCUGCGCCAGUGAAGAGGAAGAGGAGCGCCGAGGCUCAGGAAGAGACGCUGCUCAACAUCUUCACGGGCGUGCGCCUGCACCUGCCGGCGUCCGCGGAGGGCUACGACCGCGCGCGGCGCUACUUCUUCGCCUACGACGGCGACCUGGUGCCCGACCACGACAUGGACUCGGCCACUCAUGCAGUGGCGGCGGCGGCGGCACCGGCGGACAGCGGGGGGCCCCCCGCGGCACUCCCGCCCAAGGCCCAGCGCGUUUCCGUCGACUGGAUCUGGCAGUGUGUCAAGCGGCGGCGCCUCGUGCCGCCGUGCUGACGCGUCGGCGAUAAGGUCACGGUCCACUCGGGCGACUUUAGGGCAAUCGUAGCCGGCAACUGUCACCAGCAACGCAUCCAUAAUUAGUAUCACGAGGAGCGACUGUGGCAACUCGGCGGCAGGCGUUGUCGGCGACGAUCGCUGUCGAAGAUUGCCCUCGCAUUGCCCCAGUGGAUCGUGGCCUUGCCACCUGUCGUGAAGAUGGGAGGUGGGGGGGGAGGAGGUUUAUUUUGUUACAGAAGAGCAGAAACACGAUUGUGAAGAUGUUGUUCCGUGUGUGCGCGUAAGUUGAGUGAGGUUGGGUAAGAGCAGUGAGAUCUGGGGCAAGACCUCGCGAUGAGGCUAAAGCUUGGAGUGGACUUAUCAGGGACCUGUGCAUUUGCUCCGUGAACCCCCAAUCCCCCUUCCUGAGCUAAGGCGUGCUGAAAAACAAGUGUAAUUUUAUACUGAUUUAUUACAGCAACAGUUAUAACAGCCCACGGCCUAUAGGCAGUGCCGCCAAAGGGCUAGCGGCGAGACGAUAGGGUUGCCUCGUUAUGUUGAUCCCGCAAUGUAUUGCGAUAAUGGGGAAAAAAAUCUCAACACAUUCGUCAAUAACACUGCUGCCAUAUAAGGAAAAAUAUAUAAUAGGCGAUAUUUUUGGGCAUUGGCCCUUCUUCUUGAGGGAGCUGCAGUCGAAAUUUUGUACUUGGAAGCACAUCGAAGCACAAAUACAUUUCAAAAUAAAGGAGAAACUGAUGUCACGAUAAUCGUUGGGUGGCGAAAUUUAAAAGGGGUAUCGUUAGAAAUGAUAUCGCGGCAACCCUAUUACUACAUACCGCUGGCCCAGGUGCUCAUUGGUAGACGUCAUUUCCCCAGGUGCUUAUGGGUAGACUGCUGCCCAGGUCAUGGUUAAGGCUACAAUUUUGGCAUGGUCAUUUUUGUUGGAUAAUUUACUGCAGGGUGCAGUAAAUACUAUAGGGAGGCAGCAUAAGGUGGUACCGCACUUAUGCCUCGUUCUCCUCCCUCCACCCCAACAUGUUGCCAUGGCACUGAAAAUACAAAUGUGUAUUUUAAAAAUACACAUUUGUAUUUGCAGCAAUUGACGUACAUUUUUGAAAGGGAAUGACAGAAGCUCCCUUAACCCUUGUGCAUUUCCACAGCCGUUUCCAAAAUGUCACCUUUGAGACUUCGUUCACGUUCACGAUUUCGGACACCACCGUGACCAUUCGUGCCAAACUCGUAGCCCGUAGCCGUGGUUGUAUGGUUCUUGUGCCUCGCGAUGUCCCGUGCGCGCGCGCUGCUCGUUGAAUUUAAAAGGCGUCCGUGUUUUGUCUUCUGUGCAGUCGGCAGAGAUUGGAAUUCGCGUAGCUUUGUAGCCGAUGCAAUAUCCCACGUAGAUGGAGGUUUGGGCUUGGGGGCAACUAGGAGUGGUUUGUGGGGGGAACCCGGUUUAAGCGUUUGGGCCAGCGAGGGGCUUUAUCAGGGUGCGGACAUCAUCCAAGGGAACAUUUUGUAAAACUUUUUUUCUUUGCCCCCCCCCCCCAAAUUUUAUUCCGUUUGCUGGCGUCUUGGAGCAAUGGGACGAAGAACUCGCUAGAAACUCACAAAACGUCACGAUUUGGAGAAAGGUUCGCAGAAGAGGAUAGCUACAAAAUUGCUCGUUAAGUCCCUUUAAAUCAGCUCUCAUCCACACCAGGGGGGGCAGCACAUUCCUUCCCGCCGUGCUACGGAUAAUGUUUGUCGCAUAACUGUCAAAUCAAUGUUUUUAAUUCUCGAAGGAAUGUAGCCAAAUUAAGUGAAACCCCCAAUUUAUUGUUACGAGUUUUUUUUGUACGUACAAUCACUGGUGACCUGGCUGAGACCAUCAACUUCCAACACAUGAGAGCCUAGUUUUGAUCACAAAUCAGUCUCUACGUCAAUCUUUCGUCGUCUAUGCGAGUGUCUCUGUGGGUCUCUUUAUGCGAGUCAUAAUGACCAGGUUGCGACCACUGACUACAGGUGGCUACAGCCCCUAAGUGGAACCCAGGGUCUCAGCGAUAGUGGCCCAGUGCCCUCUGACCUCUGAGCCACCCGUCCUCAAAUGAAGGGAACAUGUUACACGUGCGGAGGCCAGAGUGAACUUUCUAGCCAGGAGGUCCACGUUUCUGAAAGCCCGUGUGUGUUGUCGGUUAUGUAAUGAUUUGCCACCACCCGCUCCACCACCCCCGUGCUCUGACUUUGUGAUGUCAAUUAAUUUUCACAAUUUUAUUUUAGAACCUAUGCCUCUUUUUAACAUUGCGUCACACCCUGUGACUCCUCUCGCGGUUGCAGGGAUCGUGUGACCUAGCCACAUACAAACAUAUCACACGGUUUGAGCGGUGUGGCACUGCUGUAUCGCACGCUGCGUUAUGACCCAGGGGACCUGAGUUGUAUUCCCGGCCAUGGUCAACGUCCGUGACGAGUGAUAUCAGAACAAGUAGCCCUGGGCCAACUCCCUUCACCAACCUGCACAGAUGAGCGUGGGGUGAAGUAUGGCCAAGCAACCCGCACAAUCGACAAAAAAAUCGAUUCUCACAUGCUAGAUUUGAUUCGCGAACCGUGAGCCUAAGAAUCGAUUUUAAAUCGACGAAUCCAUUCGCCCCCCCCAGUCCUGCGAGUCAUUUCUAUUGUUUUCAGGAGGCCCGGUAACAUAACUUGCCUCGACGUGAUGUUAGCUUUUAUCGAUACUAUUGCUGCAGCUCUAUCGCCGACUGGAGAAUCUCGCAUCCCAGCCAAGACAUUAGCCGAAUCGAUCAUUUUAACACGAAGGGGUCACCUAUGAUGUUACUUGCAAAGGGAGAUGGUGGAUGUCAGCGAGUUUGGUUGAAUAAAGGGACAUCAGUCGGUGAUAUAAUUGCUUCUCCUGUUAGCGGUAAGACCACGUGUGCACGCGCGCAUUCCCGGUGGGGAAAGUGCAAGUGCCAUGGCUUCCAGCUGUAGCGUUAGCACAUCAAUAAAGGAUGUGGAUGAGCGGAUGUGGGGGGCUCCUUUUGAGGGAGGGGGGUGAGGGGUGGUAGAUACAUUGGGCGGACAGGGAGGGUGGUGGGUGGAGUGAGGGAUGUGGGAGCUGCUCGUGCCAUGUCCCGACAGACGAGGUCGAAGAGAAGGGGGUUGACGAUUCACGUGAAUGAUGAUAGUGAUGAUUCUUGGUUGUGUAACAAAUUUUAUAUUUUUGGCCCUGGGUAGUAAGUGUUAUUUCCUAAUUGGUUAUGCCUCAAAAAUACAGAAAAUGGAUAUUCCCCACAAACUUUGCUUUUGUGACCAAAACAGUGAUAUUUUGAAAUUUACCUAUUUUCAGUGAGAGAACGUGGUGUGCAUUUGUGUCAUUCCUUCACAAAGUCCUGGUCACAAAAGCAAAGUUUGUGGGGAAUAGCCAUUUUCUAUACUUUUUAGGCAUAACCAAUUAAAAAAUAACACUACCCAUGGACAAAAAUCGUGUUACAUAGUGAAUUAAUUAUGGUACAUUAAUUAUAGGUAGCAGUGUGUUUAUUUGAGUGUGUGCGUGACAGUCCCAACAGUGAGCUUCCCGGCAAGCGAGGCUGCAUUAGCUGGGUCAUGCAGCCCGCAUGCCCAGCCGCCAUGUGCAUGUCCAAGCAGCUUCUGUUUGGCCGGAUAGAGGGGACUAAACGGGCGCGGCACGGGCUAUAGCAGAGGUGGGUAAAGGAGGAUGUGGACCUGAGUGGACUUACCGAAGACUGGUACCAGCAGUGUCAACGUCGGCCUCUGUGGAGGAGGCUCGUGCAGGACGCUACUGGGCAGUUGGAGGCGAUCGCCUCCCAACUACAGCGGGGAGGGCAGAGGAGCAACGCUCACAACAACGAGCGGGGCGCCAGGCGACUAAAACGCAGCAAGUUGGCACAGUCGGGCGCACAGGUGGUGCACCCCCCACCUGUCAUGUCAGCCAACCCGUCACGCCUGGAUCUGUCCCGUCACUUGUCAGCGAGCCACUCCACAUUUCAUGUAACAGCCUCAAAGUGCACCUAACCAUGCAUAAAGCGCUCUGGUGUCACUUCCAUUUCGUGGUAAAUGUUGGCUGUUGUACGGUA